AUGACCGCUCCAAUCAGCAGCACCAACGGCGAUGGCCAAACAAACGGUCACAGCCAUGACGAGACAGCGACACAGAAUGGCAACGGGGUAGCACAAGAACAGACAAACGGUGCAAACCCACAAGAAAAUGGACAGGAGCAUCAUCAUGACCACGUUAUAAAGCGCCCUACAAAGAUUGGCACCGGCCUCAAGGACCGUGUACAUCAGAUUACAAAAGGACCUCCUGGUGGCUUCGACCCGACCCCUCUUCCUGAUGCGCCGCAAGGUUAUACCAUUCGAUUCAUCUUCCACGGAGCCUCAAAUCUUGCUCCCGGCGACUUUGUUACAGCCUCUUCAGAUCCCUUCCUUCAUGCGACUCUAAAAGGUACCCAGCCGAAGCGGCAUAAGGAGGAUCCCGAUCUCACCCACCGCACGAAAACCAUAAGGAAGACGACCGAGCCGGAAUGGGAAGAUGAAUGGGUUGUCGCCAACGUCCCACCAACAGGCUUCACUCUCAAGUGCCGAAUGUACGAUGAGGAUUUCCCCGAUCAUGAUGAUAGAUUGGGCAAUGUCACAAUUAAAGUGCCCAGUAUAGGCCCAGACUGGAAAGGCAUUCCCGCUCCUGGCCGUGUUUAUGAGGCUAAGAAGCGCAUGAUGAGCAAACGAGCAUAUCUUGCCAAAGCUAUUACCAGUGUUGUCACUCACAACAUUCACAUGACACCUCUGCUGCGUCUGAGCAUGGAGCUUCUGGGACCGUCGGAUCCGCCUUAUGCGCAAAUGUACACUGUUGGACCAACAACAUGGGUCAAACAUUUCAGUCCCCUGAUCGGCCGAAUCGCCGGUGUCAAAGUCAACGCUAAUGCCGAGGACGAUGCCCGAGUGGAUGAAGAUCAGCAAGUUGACCAAGAGGGAAACAAGAAGAGCAAGACACAAAAAUACGAUUUCCAGGCAAAUGAAAUGCAGCUUCAAGGACCAGUGCCUCCCAAGCUGUAUCAUCGUUUUGUCGAGUUUAGACCUAUUAUUGCAUCGAUUUACUCUUCAGCUGGCUUGCGCGGCACAAUUCUGAACAAAGCACUGCACAGCCAGCAUCGCCGUAUCUAUAAUUUCAACGCAUCGACAGAAUACGGCGAUUUCGAUGCAUGCUCACCGGAGGCUUCGGAGCAAUUCCUGAAGCUUGUUCACUUCGACGAAGGAGGUCGCACCUUUACCUAUGUUCUGACCUUGGACGGCAUGUUCAGAUUUACAGAGACUGGUAAAGAAUUCGGUAUCGACAUGUUGAGCAAGCACACUAUGCAUUCAGAUGUUGAGACGUAUAUCGCCUGUUCAGGUGAAUUCUUCAUUCGACGGCUUAAGAAGCCCCUUUCUUCAGAUGAUGUACACCCUCAUACCAAGACACACCCGCAGGAAGACGUUCCUGGAGGUCCACCAAAGGAACAUCCUCCACACGAUCCUGCAUAUUAUCAACUGAUCAUCGACAACGAUUCCGGAACAUACCGACCGGACAAGUCAACUCUGCCGUAUCUGAAGGAAUUUCUCGAGAAGAACUUCCCAGGACUGGGUAUAAUUACGAUGCACUGGGAGGAUCAGGAGCUGCAGGAUAUGAAGGAGAACCAGCGCAACGUCAAGAAGAACGAGGGCAGAAUGAUCAACAUGGUCAUGAACAGAAGCCAGAGCAGUAUCAGCUCAGCCGAGAGUGAGUUGGAUGACCGAGAGGAAUCUUGGCAGCAGGGACACAAGAGUAAGCGAGAGGCCGCCUACGAAGCUUUGGAAGACCCCCACAAGGUCAAAGAUGCGGUCAAGUCGUAUGUUCCUGGGUUAAAGUCGGAGAGAGGAGAGAGUUCUAAAUGA